AUGAACGGGGAUAACCUGUACGGGUAUAUCCCGUCGCUGGCCGCGGCUAUUAUCUUCAUUGUUUUGUUUGCAGUGACAAGCGCCUAUCAUGGAUACCAGCUCACCAAGGCACGGUGCUGGUACUUCAUUCCAUUUGUGGUGGGCGGAUUGUUCCAAGUUAUAGGAUACAUCUGCCGACUCGUCGGACACAACAACCUCAAGUCCGUCGCCGUCUAUGCAAUGCAGUCGCUGUUCAUUCUGCUCGCACCGCCGCUGUAUGCCGCCUCGGUAUACAUGGUCCUAGGCCGAACCGUGACCUACCUUCGCGCCGAGAACUUGAGCCUGGUGUCGGUGCGAUGGAUGACCAAGAUUUUCGUGUCCGGAGAUGUGAUUUCAUUUCUGUUGCAGGCAGCAGGCGGCGGACUCAUGGCCAGCGCCAGCUCCAAAGACCUCGGCUCAAACAUCGUCAUCGGCGGGCUGGUAGUGCAACUCCUCUUCUUUGGCUUCUUCGUGAUCGUCGCAGCAGUAUUCCACUUCCGCGUUACCCGCCAUCCAACGACCAAAUCGCAAACGCAGCGCGACCUCUGCUCCCACCGGGGCUGGCGACAACGCAGCUGGGUAACCGUGCUGCUGGGGCUGUAUAUAGUCAGCGCGCUGAUUCUGAUCCGGUCUGUGUUCCGGCUGAUCGAGUACAAGUACGGGUUUGAUGGGUAUCUCAUGACGCACGAGGCGUUUAUGUAUGUCUUUGAUGCGCUGCUGAUGUUUGGUGCUAUGGUUGUUAUGAAUGUGUAUCAUCCGGCGGUGAUUCUGGGAGAUGGGAAGGGGGUUGGAGUGGAUACGGAGACGGUGCAGUUAUAG